CUGGAGGGCCGCUGCACCCUGCCAUGGCCGCCGUCGCCGACACGGCGAGGCUGCUGGACACGGCCGACUUCGCCGCUCGCAAGCACGCCGCGCAGCGCCGCAAGGACCCCGAGCGCACGCCGUACAUCAACCACCCGAUCGGUGUGGCGCAGAUCCUGGCGCAGGAAGCCGGCGUCGCGGACCUCGCCGUGCUGCAGGCGGCCCUCCUGCACGACACCGUGGAGGACACGGACACCACCUUCGCCGAGAUCGAGGAGCGCUUCGGCGAGGAGGUGCGGCGCAUCGUGGAGGAAGUGACGGACGACAAGGCGCUGCCCAAGGCGGAGCGCAAGCGCCUGCAAAUUGAGCGCGCCGCUCGGAGCAGCCGCGCCGCCGCGCUGGUGAAGCUGGCCGACAAGCUCUACAACCUGCGCGACAUGAACCGCUGCGCCCCGCAAGGUUGGUCGGCGAAACGGGUCCAGGAGUACUUCCUUUGGGCUUCAAAAGUAGUGAAGGGCUUACAAGGGACAAGCCCGGUGCUGGAGGAGAAACUGUGGCUCCUCUUUAAAGCAAGGGGUCUUUGUGAGACUGCAUGACACAGACUGCUGGACCAAAGAUGAAGAGGCUGCAGAUUGUGGGUUUCUUCUUAUCUCAGAUUCCUUGUCCUUCCCACUGUGCAUUCCCACUCCAUCCACUGCCAGUUGAUGCGUCCUGCAUACAUUUCAGUUUUUCAGAAUUGUGAGUAUAUGUAGGCUGGGGUUUUGAUUUUCAUACUCACAAUAUACUGAUUUUCUUACAUGAGAGGUAUGGAAGUAUCUAUUACAAUGAAUUUAUAUCCUGUGUACCCUUAUUUGUUUUGUGAAUGAUAAAAUAUACUACUGUUAAAGACAA